AUGCUUCAACAACAAAAACAACAACAAAAACAUUUACACAACAUUUUCCCGAACAAACAUUGUUUACAACAUUUUCUUAAACAAACACAUUUAAUUAUUAAAACAUUGUUUGUUUCACAAUUAAACAACAUUAAUAACAACAAAAUUAAUAAGCCUAUUAUCUCCUCCCUAUUAUUAUUUUCUUUAAUUACAGACAGAUUAUUUUUAUUAUUUUAUAUUAUUUUUGUCUUCUCAAUAACUAACACAUUAUCUGAAACCCCCCUCAGAGCCCCCACCCUUUUUUUCCACCGUCGCAACGAAGAACGCGACAUGGGAGGUGGUGGAGGUUCUUCCUCUAGAAGUAGUGGAACAGGGCACGCAACAGCAGCACUUUUAUUAGCAGCAGCUCAUCAAACACAGAGGCAUAACCGAUGCUAUUCUUGUAUGUCCGCCGUCUAUGAACAAUUAUUCAAAGAAGGCGAUCUAGGAAAUUUCUUUUUUGAACCACGCAAUUUUACUGCACAAUGUGAUGAACAACCAAUGAAUAUACAUGGAAUUGGAUUAGUUCCAUGUCGAGGAAUUUGUCUUUCGUUAGCACAAGAAUUUGUUAUUAUGGGAAGGAAAACAGGCAAACGUUUAUGGAUGAGGGGAUGUGCCCAUUCAUUAUCAAGGCAUGGAUAUAUUAACAGAACAAUAGCUUUCUUUGCUGAAUUUGAUAUGUGCCGAGAAGUUUUGGCUUCUGAAUUAUUUCGGCUUUCUUCAAAUAAUAAAAUUGGUGGAAGGUCUGUUGAACAUUUUCAUGGAGGUGUUGGAUCUUCUUCUUCGGUUGGUGGUGGUAGUGGUGCUGGCGGGCUUAUGGAUUCUCAACCAAUUUUGGCCUGCAGCUGUCUAGGCGACCGAUGCAACACCCAAACAUCAGGUUCCAUGCCCAUCAAAUCAAUUCACAACAAAAUUCUGCUUGCAACAAUAUUAUUAUUUUUAUUAAUUAAUCUGUUAAAAAAUUAA